AGCUUUCAGAUUGAUUGGCAUAACAACGUGGAUGACCAUGCGCGCUUCCAGUUCCAGUUCCAUCUUCAUCAAUGGCGGAUAAGAACAUGAUAAAAGCUCCAAUUUAGUUUCUCUUUUGACCCAAUACCGCCUGCAUUUCUCAUUCUCUAUCCCUGCCUCUGCUUCAUCUCUUCCCAUCUGACAUGACAGCUUUAUUUGAGGCAGCUUUCUCUAACCCCCUCUUCUACAAUAAUCCUUACACGCCACCACUAAAGUUUCCAUCUAAACCAAGCGUCCCCGCCUGUUCGACCAAUCCAGGAAUCACCGGACCCGACCCAAUAACCAACCCUCCUGACCGAACCAGAGAUCGCAGGAAAGUGGUCCGGGUGGCCUGGGAGAAGCUGGUCCGAUGGUCCCGCUCUUGGCGCUCUAAGGCCAAGACUGACGUUCUUGAACGCACUCGCAAGGUGGUGGUGCUUGGAGGUGGGUCAUUUGGUACUGCAAUGGCUGCCCAUGUUGCUAAUAGGAAGGCGGAUUUGGAGGUUAACAUGCUUGUACGUGACCCUCUUGUUUGCCAAGCAAUCAAUCAGAGCCAUUACAAUUGUAAGUACUUCCCUGAACACAAGCUACCAGAAAAUGUAAUUGCAACAACUGAUGCAAAAACUGCUUUAAUUGGUGCUGAUUACUGCCUUCAUGCUGUACCUGUGCAGUUCAGUUCAUCAUUCCUUGAGGGCAUUGCGGACUACGUUGAUCCAGGAUUACCCUUCAUAUCACUUAGCAAAGGAUUAGAGCUCAGUACAUUGAGAAUGAUGUCUCAGAUUAUUCCCAAAGCACUGAAGAAUCCUCGUCAACCUUUUAUUGCACUUUCAGGGCCUUCAUUUGCAUUAGAAUUGAUGAACAAAUUACCAACAGCAAUGGUGGUGGCGUCAAGGGACAAGAAAUUGGCAAAUGCUGUUCAGCAGCUACUAGCCUCUAGUUACUUAAGAAUCAACACUUCAAAUGAUGUCACAGGGGUGGAAAUUGCUGGGGCACUUAAAAACGUACUUGCAAUAGCUGCAGGGAUUGUUGAAGGGAUGAAUCUAGGUAAUAAUUCUAUGGCGGCUCUUGUGGCACAAGGUUGUUCUGAGAUACGAUGGCUAGCAACAAAGAUGGGCGCAAAGCCAACAACCAUAACUGGUCUAUCAGGAACUGGAGACAUAAUGCUCACAUGUUUUGUGAAUCUAUCAAGAAACAGAAGGGUUGGAGUCCGUCUAGGAUCAGGAGAAAAACUUGGUGAUAUACUUGGUUCCAUGAAUCAGGUGGCAGAAGGUGUAUCAACUGCUGGAGCGGUAAUUGCAUUGGCCCAGAAAUAUAAUGUUAAGAUGCCAGUUUUGACAGCAGUUGCCAGAAUUAUAGACAAUGAGCUAACCCCAACAAAGGCCGUUCUUGAAUUAAUGAGCCUCCCUCAGGUUGAAGAAGUGUGAAACAUACAGGUUUCUCAAAGAGAUGCACUGUUGUUCUACCAGAGCAAAAUACUUGGGGCAUAUUGGUUGUCGUAUAAGCAAGCUAAGUGCUUAUUCGUGCAGAUUAAAAUAUAGAAUUUUUGUUCCUUAAAAAAAUUCAUCCACUUUUUUGGGGUUGUAUUUUCAUCUUUUUUAUCAUAUUGGUUUUGGGAGAUUAGAUUUGGAGUUAUGAGUUGGAUGCUGUUGGGUAUCAUUGAUUCAAGUGUUUUCUUGUCAGUUCAGUUGUACCCUAAAUAUUCCACGGAUGCUCCUGAAUUGACAAACAUAUCUAAAAUGCAAAUUAAAAAAACAGGUUCAUGCUUUGCAUCUCAUGAAUACUCUUUUUCCUCAUUAGUAACAAAAGAUUCUCCCUUUCAAUUCUACUGUUAAAAUUUCUCCAUUCAAGAAAGUAAAAAAAAAUCACCAAAUAGUGAAGAUUGAUUUAAAUGGUUCUCAUACAACAAUGUGGAGGCAGAGAAAUUUGUUGCAUACCCUAAUUAAUAAUCUCAGUCGAGUCAAAUCUAAAGUAUAGAUGAAAGCUUGAUGUUUUGUUUACUUCUCUUGAUGCUUAGUUGGAUGUUGUUUAGGAGACAAGGAUUCAGGCUUUGCAGUUGAGCAGAUUGACCUUCAAUUUCAUGACAUCUGAAGGUUUCAGUGGCUUUAGCAUGAACAUCUGGGCUCCUUCCUCCAAGCAUCUGUUCAUGAAAGAUAAAAAAUCUCAACAGGUGUCGGGAUAUUCUCAGAUGACACAAAUAACAUGUAUGCUACAAAGAAUUACUUGUUAAUGCGUGUUGGGAUAUCCUCAGAUGACAUAAUGACAACUGGAACUUCCUUCAUGAUCGAUGAUUCCUGCUGGGAAUAAUCGGAGAUUAGACGUUGUAAUAACAGCUAAAGUUAUUGAGUUGCUCAAGAAAUUUUUCUUGAUGACUCCUCAAAGCUUCAAUACCUUGACUUUCUUAAGUAGCUCAAAUCCUGUCAUUCCUGGCAUACAGUAAUCUGUAAUUAUCAAGUUUAUGUUGGAGACCUGCAAAUGCCAAAAAGGGUAAUGUUAUGGAUGACUGAUUUCUAUUUUUAACACGUGAGAGAAAAUUUUAA